AUGGCUGCCGAAGCUCAAGUCGCUCUGCAAAUGCAACGCAUCGACACGAUGCUCAAUAUGUCCAACCGCUUGACUGACGCUGUACUCGCUACCCAAGGUGCCGCCGCCAUUGACGCAGAACUCGCUAUCCUGACGGAAUUGUGGAACCGGUUCAAUACAACUCACGAGAGGCUAUAUGAAUAUGUACCUGAUAUCAUUACCAACCAAUAUCAUACAGGUAAUUCUUAUGAAACUGCUAACGUUGCUUACACCUCUCUUAGAGUGAGACUCAGCGCUGCUAGGUCCGCUCCAGAAUCGGUUCAUGAACUUCCUGCCGCUAAUCAUGAUCAGACCGCUUACUUUGGAGGCGCGCAUAAGGCUAACCUGCCGCAAAUUAAACUGCCCACCUUCCAGGGUUCCUAUGACGAAUGGGAUUCGUUUAAAGACCUAUUCACCUCGCUGGUGAUAAACGAAGAUUCGCUGACCGGAUCUCAAAAAAUGCAUUACCUGAAGACGCAGGUAAAAGGUGAAGCUGCUGCUCUACUCGCUAACCUACAGGUCACGGAUGAAGCUUUCCAACCUUGGAAUUUGCUGAACACUCGCUACACUAAUCCACGCAGAUUACUCGAUAUGCAUAUCGAUGAUUUGCUGGAUCGUCAACCGGUGAGUUCACACUCCGCUGCUGACCUGGAUGCGCUGCUACUCGCUAAUAAAAAAUCGCUGGACGCCAUCGCUGCACUGGGAAUUCCAAUUGGUGAGUUAGACCCCUUUUUAAUUCGCUUGACUGUUCGCUGUUUACCUUCAGAUUUGAGAGUAGAAUGGAUGGCUUCGCUUGGGUUAUCCAAUGAGUUUCCCACUUACCAACAGCUGCACGACAUGCUCAAGGCCAAGGUUCGUGCGUGGGAAAACUCAGAGAUUGGCGCCAAAAUAACCUCUACACAAUCUAAGAGUGCUAGUGAAAAACCACCAUCACCUAAGUCUUACGCUAAGUCAGCCUCUACAGCCAAGCAAGUUAAGUUUGGAAACAGUCGAUCCGCUACCUCAUCAACGCCAUCUACAUCUACUGGUUCCGCUAGUUACGUCGCUUUCACUCCCAAGGACCGUACGAGUGAACCGGGCAUGUGCCCAAUCUGCAAGGAGAAACAUUUCGUUCUCUUUUGCCCCAGCUACCAGAAGGCGUCGCCACUGAACAGAAGAACUAUUGUUCAGCAUUACCGCUUAUGCUUCAACUGUUUGGGACGCCACCGCUACGCUGAUUGCAGAACUAAACAAAAGUGCCGCCAUUGUGAUCAGCCACAUCACACGUCAACGCACCUUGACGAUGGUGCUGCCGCUAAACUAGUACAGGACGCUCCUGUAGCUGACCCAGGUAACAAAUAG